AUGUCGACCGAUCGUACCUCCCCUAUUUCGGUGCCAAACCCGGAGAACCGCCAGCGUCGGGGGUCUAUCGCCGACCUGUUCUCCCGGUCCAACGCCACCCAGGCUCCCCAGGCUCAGGCCAAUCAAAACCAAAACCAACGCCGAAUGUCUAUCACCACUCUUGGCUUAUCAGGCUCGCCCACACAAACCAAUACGUUUGGUAAUCGGAAUGGGAGCCUUCGUCGAGGUAGCCUCUCCAGCUCGAUCGGAUCCAUCCCCAAUGAGGAUGCCGUCGAAGAUACGGAAGGCACCUCCCCCAACUCGCAGUUUGCGAGACGGGUCUCCUUCGGGGCUCAGGCCCUACGUGAUGCGCGUGGAGGAUCGAUUGGCACUGGUAGAGCUCCCCCUCCCUCUGUUGUUGGCCCUCGUCGCUCUCCCCCACCUGGUUCGGCCAUUGUGGCCACCCGCUCUCCCGCAAGUAUCUCAACCUCUCCUCAGGAUGAGAGAUCUAACGCAUCCCGCCAAAUCCUAGGCGAAGGCUUUAACUGGUCCGAGGCCCUCCGCUCCCGUGCUGAGCGUGCCCCUUCCCUCAGCGGCCCCCGCCAGAACGGGCACCACCGUGCCACCUCCAUCGCGUCCAUGGAGACCCCCAGUCGGGAUAUGCCCCGCCAGCCCAAGCAGAACAAGCCUGAUUUCUUCCAGGAGAAGAUUUUGCGGGGCGACUUCAUGGACUAG